ACAAACCUCGCCCACUUUAACUUACCAUUUAAACCUCUCUUCUCAUUACCCACUCAAAUUCAUUCAUACCAACUUUACAACUGCCUCCAGGCUUGUCAUACUAUAAACCAAUUAAUCAAGACCAAAGCUGAAGGAAACAAAAGAUGGCAAAUAAGGCGAUUCAUUGCUUCUUCUUAACUCAUUUCCUACUGCAAAUAGCACACACAUAUGCAAGAGUUCCGGCGAUUAUAGUGUUUGGAGACUCUACUGUGGAUUCAGGGAACAAUAACCAAAUGUCUACACUCCUAAAGAGCAAUUUUCAGCCUUACGGUAGAGAUUUCUUUGGUGGUCAGCCCACAGGAAGGUUUUCCAAUGGUCGACUUCCAACAGACUUCAUUUCUGAAGCUUUUGGGAUCAAGCCAGUAAUACCUGCAUAUUUGGAUCCUUCAUAUGAUAUCAGAGAAUUUGCUACUGGAGUUUGCUUUGCUUCUGCUGGAACUGGUUAUGAUAAUGCUACUUCUGAUGUGCUAUCUGUAAUGCCUCUAUGGAAGGAAUUGGAGUACUACAAGGAAUACCAGCAGGAACUGAGAGGAUAUCUUGGCAAUGAGAUUGCUAACGAGGUUCUGGGUGAAGCACUCUACCUGUUAAGCAUUGGAACCAAUGAUUUCCUAGAGAACUACUAUAUACUUCCAAAAAGAUCAUUAGAGUUUUCCAUCGAGGGGUACCAGAAUUUUCUACUAGGUAUUUGUGGAAAUUUCAUCACAGAGCUCUACAAUCUUGGAGCUCGGAAGCUAUCCAUAACUGGGCUUCCUCCAAUGGGGUGUUUACCAUUGGAAAGAACCACAAAUAUCAUGUUAGGGGGUGCCUGUAUAGAGGAAUACAAUAAUGUGGCCAAAGAUUUCAAUGAAAAGUUGAAGGGAAUGAUUGCAAAUCUGAACAAGCAGCUUGCUGGAAUCCGACUAGUGCUUUCAAACCCUUACGAUAUUCUCUUAGAAAUGGUUCAGAAUCCAGAAUUUUUUGGAUUUGAAGAGGCAGCAAAGGCAUGUUGUGGAACUGGAAGGUUCGAGAUGAGUUACAUGUGUGAUAAGAUAAAUCCAUUCACAUGUUCAGAUGCAAAUAAAUACGUAUUUUGGGAUUCCUUCCACCCCACGGAGAAAACAAAUGGUAUCAUUGCUUAUCAUGUGGUGAAAAAUAGUCUAGCUGAGUUUCUAUGGUGACUAGAGUUAUAUAAUGCACCAUGUGCAAUUACAACAGAAUUAAUCUAUUCAUUCACAAUGCU